GCCAGUUGCCAUUCGAAUCUUGAAAGCGAUCAUUGUCUUCGACAUUAACUCCUCCCAAGACGACUUUGUUUAGUUAUUGCACACGGAAAAAAACUGAAAAUAGACUUGUUAAGCGCGCAACCAGGCAAUAGAGUCUGCUAGUAAAAAAUCGAUUAAUCGAAAAAACUCAAACUAACUCCUAAUGACUGCCCAAGCUAAAAUUGUGUAAUCAAGUAAAAAUGAAUUUAAAAGUAGUGUUGUUAAUUACAACUCUCUCACAAACACUACAAUGGUCAAGCUGUGUCAUUACCAAAGAUUAUAUAGAUCUACUCGAUUUACCGGAUAAUGACGAAUUCUACUGGAGCAGACAUGAAAACGAUGACAGUAACGGCGUUUUAUAUCAAAGUGAAUCGACAGCUAUGAAUGGAACACAUUUUCCAAUACGUCAUCAUAUGAGAAAACGCCAAGCUAAUAAUGUGCCAGAAAUACAGGAGAAUCGCUCUUAUGGAUCAUGCCGUACCCCAGGAGGGGAAGAAGGCACCUGUCGUCACAUUGUUUACUGUCGUAUACCGGAGCUGAAAGAUGAUAUUUGGCGUUUAGUAUCACAUUUGUGUAUAAUUCAAGGCAGCACCAUUGGCAUGUGUUGCCCAUCACGUGUUGUAACCCGUUUGGGACCUCAAAUAAUAAACGAUGUCAAUGAAUCCCAGCCGCGUGUUGUUAAUAACCAUGCAGAACAAAGAGGUUGUGGCAUAACCACCAAACAAUUUCCCCGUGUCUCCGGUGGCCGCCCUGCCGAACCCGAUGAAUGGCCUUGGAUGGCUGCGUUGCUAAGGCCACGUUUGCCGUAUGUUUGGUGUGGUGGAGUUUUGGUAACAGAUCGUCAUGUUCUAACCGCUGCUCAUUGCAUCUAUAAAAUUAAAAAGGAGGAAAUGUUUGUGCGCCUGGGUGAAUAUAACACUUUGCUGCUGAAUGAGACCAGAGCUCGUGAUUUUCACAUAGGAAAUAUGGUGACCCACAUCGAUUAUGAUCCCUUGACAUAUGAGAAUGAUAUUGGCUUGAUACGAGUCAAUAGGCCUACCAUAUUUAACACCUAUAUAUGGCCUGUGUGUAUGCCUCCGAUAGGUAUGGAGUGGAAUGGAAAUAUGGGAAUUGUCACUGGUUGGGGUACCCAAACCUUUGGGGGGCCUCACUCGGAUAUUUUAAUGGAGGCUUCCCUGCCCAUUUGGACCUUGGAGGAAUGCCGUCAAGCCAUAGUUGAACGUAUACCUGAUACCAUGCUUUGUGCUGGCUUACCCGAAGGUGGUCAAGAUUCCUGUCAGGGUGAUAGUGGUGGUCCUCUAUUGCUGCAACUACCCAAUAUGCGUUGGGUCACCGUGGGCAUUGUAUCAUGGGGCGUACGUUGCGGUGAACCCAAUCGACCUGGCAUGUACACACGUGUCGAUAAAUAUCUACAUUGGAUUAUUGAAAAUUCCGAUAUUUAGUUGAUACACUUUUUAUAUAAAUCUUAUAAAAAUAUUCAAAUUUA